GGUAAACAGAAACAAAGUGGCUUAUGUUCCUUGAAUCAAUUUUGUCAACUUCUUUUCUUUUGCUUGCAUCUGGUUCUAGUAUUUACGUUUUAGGAAAAAAUUGUCAUGAUCAAUAUUCUACUGUCAAACCUUUUUUUAUAUCUGCGUCAAUUGGUAUUUUUGGAUUUUGUGUUAGAUCAUUAAGUUCAUUAAUUUACAAUUUAUUUUUCCGAAUCUAUCCAAUUGAUCCUCAAGAAAUAGAAGAUGAAUGGAAGAAAAAAGAGGAAUUGAAGAAAAGACCUUUUCGAAAUUAUUCAAUAUUUUAUCGAUUUUCCUCGACACUCGCUCAAGGUGGAUUAAUUUAUGCCGUUUUCAAUUAUCAUAAAUGUGAAAUUUUUGAAACUUUUGUUUUGUCAUUGACAAUUGUUGAAUUUAUUUGUGCCUUAGAGGCUAGAAAAUAUAAUCAAGAAAAUACGGAGGUGCAAAGUUUCUUUGAAAUUUUCGCUAAAAAUAUAGAUAAUUCACUUGAUUUUUAUUGGAUUUUCAUUGGAGGAUAUUUUGGCUGGUUUAAAAGAAACUCAUUCUGCAUACUGGCUUUUUUGCCUUAUACUAUUUCCAUCUUAACUUUGACUUCUGAUGAAUUUGAUAAGAAUCCAAAUAUUCAAAUUGGUUUCAAUGAUUAUAUGACCACAGCAUAUAUUCUUCUUAUGACUGAAGCUAUUCGAUAUUUUCCAGAAUAAUACGAAAAAUUUAGUAAAUCACUCAAGUAAUAUUAAUUGUGAUAAUAAAUAUAUAUUUUCAGAAUUAAUAGUCAUUUUAUUUAAAGGAAUUAGAUUAUGAAUAAUUAAAUAAGAGAAUAAAAUUAAAUUGACAAAUUGU